GUUCCCGCAAGCACGAGAAGUUCCAGCAACUUCGCCACAUCCGGUCCUCCGGGUCCUCCAAUAGAAUAGAAAGCGGAAAUAACGCAAAACAGAAGCGUGGUCUCCUUCCGGUUCCGGCGUCGCUAGCUAUCCUGUGGCAACAUGAAAUUGCUCACCCACAACCUCUUGAGCUCGCAUGUGCGGGGCGUGGGCACGCGUGGCUUCCCGCUGCGCCUGCAGGCCACAGAGGUCCGCAUCAACCCCGUGGAAUUCAAUCCCGACUUCGUGGCGCGGAUGAUCCCCAAAGUGGAGUGGGCGGCGCUGGCAGAGGCCGUGGACUGCUUAAACCUGGCCGCCAUCCCCAAAGAACCGAUUGAGGGCUUUGAGCACGAUGAGACGUUUUUGAGGAAGAUGCAUCACGUUUUGCUGGAGGUGGAUGUGCUGGAGGGCACCCUGCAAUGCCCAGAGUCUGGCCGUCUUUUCCCCAUCAGCCGUGGGAUCCCCAACAUGCUGCUGAGUGACGACGAGACCGAGACGUAAACCGUGCUGGCCGCCACUUUGGUGUUUUGUUGCCCGUGUGCAUAGCCCGUUAACUAGUUCUACCGUGUGUGACCCCCCCCAACCUCCAUCCAAUGGACACACCGAGUACAGUGUUCUUGAGCUCCAUAGUAUAUUUUUUUUUUCUCAUUAAAGGUUCAAAACCAAAA